CGUUCUCGGCGUUGUAGGCGGGCGGGACUCGCUUUCCCGGGGCGCCGCGCGGCGGUCGGUGACGCCGGGGCCGGAGCCGGGCCGGCGGGGCCGGGCGGGGAGCGGAGCGGAGCGGGCGCUGCAGCAGGGCGGGGGGCCCGCGGUGUCCGCCAUGGACUCGCGGGUGUCAGAGCUGUUCGGGGGCUGCUGUCGACCGGCGGGCGGCGGGGCAGGCGCAGCGCUGCGCGGGCGCGGGGGGCCCGCGCCUGGCGGCGGCGGUGGCUCGAAGACGAAGAAAAAGAACGGGCGGAGCCGCGGAGGGAAGGCCAACAACCCCCCGUACCUGCCGCCCGAGGCAGAAGAUGGGAACAUCGAGUACAAGCUAAAGCUGGUGAACCCCUCGCAGUAUCGCUUUGAGCACCUGGUGACACAGAUGAAGUGGCGACUACAGGAGGGCCGAGGUGAGGCCGUCUACCAGAUCGGCGUGGAGGACAACGGGCUGCUGGUGGGCCUCUCGGAGGAGGAGAUGCGAGCCUCGCUCAAGACGCUGCGCCGCAUGGCAGAGAAGGUUGGGGCUGACAUUACGGUAUUGCGGGAGAGGGAGGUUGAUUACGACAGCGAUGUUCCAAGGAAGAUAACGGAGGUGCUUGUCCGAAAGGUGCCUGACAACCAGCAGUUUCUAGACCUUCGAGUAGCUGUCCUAGGGAAUGUGGACUCAGGGAAGUCAACACUGUUGGGUGUCCUAACACAAGGAGAGCUGGACAAUGGGCGGGGCAGAGCACGCCUCAACCUCUUCCGGCAUCUCCAUGAAAUCCAGUCAGGAAGAACAUCAAGCAUCAGCUUUGAGAUCCUCGGCUUCAACAGCAAAGGAGAGGUGGUAAAUUACAGUGACUCCCGGACAGCAGAAGAGAUCUGUGAGAGUUCUUCCAAAAUGAUCACUUUCAUUGACCUGGCUGGCCACCACAAGUAUCUGAAAACAACCAUCUUUGGCCUCACCAGCUACUGCCCAGACUUUGCCAUGCUGGUGGUUAGUGCCAACACUGGCAUUGCGGGCACAACACGAGAGCACUUGGGCUUGGCCAUGGCCCUCAAGGUCCCCUUCUUCAUUGUCAUCAGCAAAGUCGACUUGUGUUCAAAAGCCACCGUGGAACGGACAGUGAAGCAGCUGGAGCGAAUCCUGAAGCAGCCAGGCUGCAACAAGCUCCCCCUGCUUGUGAAUUCAGACGAUGAUGCAGUUACAGCAGCACAACAGUUUGCACAAUCUCCCAACAUCACCCCAAUCUUCACACUGUCCAGUGUUUCUGGGGAGAACCUGGAUCUCUUGAAAGUCUUCCUUAACAUCCUCCCUCCACUGACGAACAGUAAAGAGCAGGAAGAAUUAAUGCAGCAACUUACAGAAUUUCAGGUUGAUGAAAUUUAUACAGUGCCAGAGGUGGGGACUGUUGUGGGAGGAACUCUGUCAAGUGGGAUCUGCCGAGAAGGGGAGAACUUGGUGGUUGGUCCCACUGACGAUGGGAAGUUCCUUCGGCUGAAAGUGUGCAGUAUCCAACGGAACCGCUCUGCCUGCCGCGUGCUGCGGGCUGGGCAGGCAGCCACCCUGGCCCUCGGACCUUUCGACCGCUCCCUGCUGCGCAAGGGCAUGGUCAUGGUGAGCCCAGAAAUGAACCCCACCAUCUGCUCAGUGUUUGAAGCCGAGAUCGUGCUGUUAUUCCAUGCCACAACUUUCCGGAAGGGGUUUCAGGUGACGGUGCAUGUGGGGAAUGUGCGACAGACAGCUAUCGUGGAGAAGAUCCAUGGAAAGGACAAGCUGCGGACAGGAGAGAAGGCAGUUGUCUGUUUCAAGUUCAUCAAGCAUCCUGAAUACUUGAAGAUUGGAGCCAAACUACUUUUCCGUGAAGGAGUCACCAAAGGCAUUGGGCAUGUCACUAACCUCCAAGCCAUCACCACCAAAGAAAACGGCCUGGAGGAGUCCCUGGGGCCUGGACAGCUGAGCUUCUGACUACCAGCAGUGUGGAUGUCCCUCCUCUGCACUGUGAGAUGGAGCACGAGAGAGUUUCUUGCAUUCAGUGCCGUGCGUGGGACAAGUUAAGCAUGUUCUCCACAUCGCCUGCAGCUUUCAUUUGGAAUAGAUCAGAGGUACCCGCAGACCUGGGCAAGCAAGUAUUGGCUUUGUUUACUGUUUGGAAAUUGCUGGUUGGGAGGCGCAGCGACCUUGAAGACAAGCAGUGAAGGGAUGUUUUUCCAUCUCUGACACAAGGCCUGGUCCCAUUUUUGCUGUCUGAGCACUGAGUUGAUAACAGUAUUCUCUCAAAUCAUCUUUCAGUACAUCCUUCUGGGCAGAGGAUGGAACAGGCCAUGCUACCCACAGCAGGGACUUGGCUGAACCUCUCAGAAUGUGUUCAGGACACUUUUUAACCGUUUGAAUCUUGGUUGGCUUUAGUCUACUGUGUGUCCAUUUGUGCAUUGGUUUUGCGUUACUCCAAUCUGAGUGUCUUACUGUUGGACAGAUGUCCUGUACCCCACUUACAUGCACACAUUUCUUCAGCAUCCCUCUUUAUGACUUCCAGGAAGCUGUGGCUGCUCUGAGUGGCACAGCCUCCUGACAUAACAUCAUGAAGACAGAGUUUGUACUUGCAUCUGUUCCUUGCAGCAGCUGGACAGGACGCCAUUCUGUGGAGCAGAGCAGAGCCCAGGCCUGUGCUGGUGUGAGCAGGUUGUUUCCAUGGAUGUUCACUGAAGGUGCCAUCUGCACAUUGGUAGCAGUGGUUUGCAGCGGGCUCCCUGGUGUGGCUGUUCCCAGCCCACCUUGUUCCUCACAUGCUUGCCUUAAUGUGUGAGGAGGACAGGCUGCAAUACUUACACAAAACCAGAUAACUUCUGUUUUGGCAGUGGCAUGACUUUUAUUUCUCUUGGAGCAAGAAUUCUUUCUUUCCAUUGCCACUGGUGUUUGUUGUCAGAGGGAAGCUGACGUUGCCAGCAAGGACUCUGUAUGUAGAGUGGGGCACAGGUCUCCCACUCUUGCAGCUUUGCUGUGUAGCCUGGAGGGUGCAGCAGGGUCUGUAAAGCUGUACAUAGGCUUUUGGUUUUACUGUUGACUGUUAAGACGAAAUGUGUCUGCUGUGAGCAAAAGGCCUUCAGCAAGCCCUGCUGGUCGGUGUGGUGGCCUGCUAGCCCUGACUGAAGAAAGGGUGAAGGCCUGUGAUAGCACUCGGACACUCAAGUGGCCUUUGUGCCAUCCUGAGAGCAGGUUCUGCUGCUGGGCCGCUGGCACAGGCGCUGCUGCGCGGGGCCGUGGGUCUCUGCGCUGGGCGAGGCCGGCAGGAAGGUGGGGGCUGCACCUGCCAAGAGCGUGCUGAGGUGGGGGAAGCCUGUCAAGUGGUGGCAUAAGUGAAGGGAAGGCAGCUUAAUAGUUGCAGGAGUGACCUUUCCCUUGGAUGGAGCACCGAUCCAGCUGAAAACUGCUGCAUCCCCAGCAGAGAGAAAGGAGAUGCUGGCUCACCGUCACUGCUCAAGCAGGAUCCCCUUUUUUUCCCAUUCUGGCAGUGGGCUGAGUAUUCCCAUGACACAGUCUUUCCACCAAUGCCUGCAAGGACAAGUCCCAGCUGCCAGCAGGCUCUUCCCUUUGGUGCUAGUGGGUCACAAAGAGAGCUGGCUGGGGGUGGGGGACUCCAGCUCUUUGCACUCUUUUGCACUGGUGUUUUCUGCCCCAAAGGGGGGUGCUGUGACCUUUUCUGAAACAGCUGGUGGCUGGUCUCACCUCAUCCCUGCCAUCUGUGGCAUGACUGUUCUUGGUGCCAUGCUCUUCAUAAUUGCUGUUUUGUUGUCUUGAAUUUUUCUAAUGCUGGGGAUUGUCCCUGUUCUCCAAGCAUCUAUAUAAAUGUACAGAAUAAAGAUGUUUUAUUGA